GCUGGGGGACAGUUGGGGUCUCAUCGCCGCUUAUCGGUUCCACGUUUUUUCGACCAUAUUGGGCGGAUCCGCAUCCAAAGAUCGUCCAGAGUAUCGAACCCGCGACGGGUGAUCGUUUGCGAGUCGAUUUGACAGCUGAUCGCCGCUGUCAAGUAUUCGCGUCGCUCGCGACCUUCGGUCGAAUCGUCGCCGGGUGCUUCGCUGUUUCGGAGCAUCCACCGCGAGCGAAUUUCGCCUCCGAGGUGCAUCGCGAGUCUUAUUCGGCACCCGGAGUGCCGGGAAGCACAAUUCGGGAUCGCCGGGAGGGACCGAUCGAGCGGGAUCGAUCGACCUUGCGCUGAAAUUGGCGCGAAGCUAUGAUUGAUACCUUUUCUUUCGCGAAUUUCAACGCCCAGAAUGCAUUGCGCACAAAAGUGACGAACAUGGCGAUCGUUUUCAAUUAACCUGCUAGAUCGCGCUAGUGAGCUGUUUAUCUAUGAUCGAUAUCGACCGUGACGUGACGUAAACAUAAAUUGUAGUUCGCGCCCUUCGAAGGGAGGUUUAUCAAAUGUAACCUAUAUAUUUUCGUCGUUGACAUUGUUGCCCGUGUCCUUCGAAGGAGGGUUGUGAAUAUAACCUGUUUGCGGGAUCUUCGCGAGUGCGAUCGAGUAUCGGGAGUGUCGGAUGAUUUUUAUAUCAGACAAUCGUAUGUCAAGAUUGUCAAGUAACGACUCGAUUGCGAUACGGAACAUUGAUAUAUUGUUUUGCAUCUCUCUCUCUCUCUCUCUCUCUCUCUCUCUCUUUCUCUCUCUCUUAAAACAUCGAAAUGAAUGUCGCAUUAUUCCGUGCUCAGCGUUAUUCGCGGAAUGUGGGUGUAUGUGAGAGUGCAUAAAAAAAUCAUCGAGAACAUCGCAGAUUGCACGUAAUGGAUUACUUUUAAUGGAUAUUGCUGUUCAGAGAGUCUACAUGUCUACGAUCAGGUUAGGAGUAGCAUUAUGAGACAUAGUGAGAUUCACGCGUCAUGUGGGAGUGCCGCGUAUCGCGAGUCGGGAGUGCCGUGUAAAGUUUCGCGCGUCGGGAGUGCCGUAUAAAUUUUUAUAUAUCGGGAAUGCCGUGUAAAGUUUCGCGCGUCGGGAGUGUCGUGUGAAGUUUCGCUCGUCGGGAGUGCCGUAUAACAUUUUGCGUAUCGGGAGUGCCGUGUGAAGUGUCGGGCGAUAGUAAUUAUUCGUUUUCGCGAGUGCCAAAGACUAAGAGAGGAGGAGGAGGCCCAGGGAGGCAUCGGGCAACAGCGGGACAACAGUGAGAUCAAUGUGCUGUGUACUACACUCUGCUAUUGCACGCAUUGACGGAUCUCGUCUAGACGGAAAGACGGUGGAACGAACAGUGCUCCAGCUAUCGCUGGCCUUAACCCGGACGUUCGCAGCUCCGAGCAGCAACGUCAUCCGCCAAGGACCCUUUCACCCUUCGAAGGAAUUCAACCACCGUGGAGCUUACAACCUAUUGCGCCUCUGGUUUCCUUCCAUGAAAGCGAAAGAGGAAAAGCAUUGGAAUAUCACUGAAACCGAUAAACUGAAUAAUGCUUCUUCGAACAGAUCUUAACAAAACCGUCGGCCGGCCGUCAACGAAUGGAAUUCGAUGCAUUAUGCGAAGCGCAUAAACACGAGCGUGCAGUCACUGCGGAUGGUAUACAAAUGAGACGGGGGUCUUCCAAGUGUCGACAUACGGACAGCAGAGAAUAGGGAAAUAUCGCCGAUUUCUCCGCACGAAUCUCUUCCACUUUGAAUAGUUCCGCCGUAUAAUUUUCGUGCCCGAAGCCCCAUUUCUAUUUUAAUAAAGCCGUUACGAUUUUUUUUUUCUGGCGGACCGCGAGGCAGUAGUUUCCGUUCCGUUGCGCGUGAAAUAAAAUGCACAAUAAAAGCUAAAAAGCUUGAAUUUUGAUGCGCUUUAUUUUAAUUAAAUUCAUCGCGCCGCUCGUCCUAAUAAUAAAAGUGACAUUUAUAUUGCUGCGAAAUAAAAUAAAAUGAAAUCAAGAUGCACAAAUAUAUAUGUAAAUUGAAUACUGGAUUAUUCGGAGUGUUUUGCUUUCUACCUUUUUAUACACGAAAUCUUUCCACACAAUAGGUAGAUAAUAAAGA